GGCCACCGAUAUGUGGCAGCACUCGAUGUUUUAAUGUUCACUCUGACUCUCUCAGUAAUUUCAAGGCCAGAGAGGAAUGAACACAUCAAUGAUGUCGAGCCAACAGGACAUCGUCCUGAGUUAUCACGACGUCCUCAUCCGCAGGAGUGAUCUGAAAACCCUGGAGGAUCAUUCCUGGCUGAAUGACAUCAUCAUCGGUUUCUACUUCGACCACCUGGAGCGAGAAAAAGCCCAGGAAUUUACUGGAAAAAUUGUUCUCGCCAGUCCUGAAUUAACUCAACUCCUAAAACUCAUGGAGAUCCAGGAUUAUCCAGGCAUUUUGGACUCCAGGAUAACCGAGAAAACGGAUUUUGUGUUUUUCCCAGUGAAUAAUUGUGAUGACAGAGAAGAUCCAGGAGGUGCUCACUGGAGUCUUCUGGUUUAUUCAAGGAGUGAGGCCUCGUGUUUUCAUUUUGACUCCAGCACGGGCUUCAAUCGAACGAUUUCUCAACAAUUCUCCAGGAAAAUCAUGAAAUUCAUGAAUGGUGGACGGGGGAAAGGAUUUGUGGAGGUCAGGUGUCCUCAGCAGGGAAAUUCAUACGACUGUGGAAUUUUUGUUCUCUGUUUCGCUGAGAGAAUUCUCGAAAUUUUGAAAGCAUCCGGACGAGUCGAUGGCUGUGAUUUGAGAGGAAUUGAAACUGAAGCCAAUGGGAUGAGAGAGAAAAUUUUGGAGUUGAUUCGACAUUUGAGUGCAGACGGAGAAAAAUAAACGGAAAUCAAAUGAAGGAUUUGUGAGGAUUCGGGGAAUGACGGAUUUCGGGAAGGAGAAAUAAUUCGAGGUGUUGUUUACAUCCGAAUUCUAGGAAUUGCUACCAGCGCCCCACAAUCCCAACCAUCACAACCGAAUACACUAACCACUUUAUUUUCAUGAUGUUAUUGUCCCUCUCUCAUCAGUCAUGUUCUUGUCGGCGGAGCGUUCACAAGUGCCAGUCAAGUGAAUUUGCAAUAAAUUAUCGAAGACACGACGAGAUUAAAUAAAAAGUGCAAGUGACUGUGACGUGAGUGAACUCUCAAUUGAAUUCCGCAAUUUAUUUUCAACUGGAUUUGUUUGGAUUUCCAACCCCUGGAUUAUCGGCCUCCAGACGUCACGUGAUAAUUGU